CUCUCAAGGGAAGAAACAACUGACAGUGCGAGUGCAAAGUUGGUUCCGUGCGUACGUAAAUUUGAAACCGCGCAUCGAAGAUCGUCCGAUUAUUAUCAAAAGCGAAAUCCAUCCCGCGGAUGUUUCAAUUGCAACUAUUGCGCAAAAAUACUUCACUAAUAAUAGUGUAAUCCUCAGUGACGCGAAAUUCGUUGGUUCCUCGAGGUGCGGGAAACUUUAUCGCGCAAAACCAGGUACAAACUUAGAUCAUCCAAAUGUGGCAAUUCUCGUGUCACGCACGAUUACUAUAAAACUGAUUGUGUUAUUAUUCGAGUUUAAUGUCGUCGUUCAUCACGCGGUGUUUAUUGCAAAAGCUCGAAAACCGGUGCGCGCGGAAUAAAUGUAUAUCGGCGUUUUCCAACCGUUCGCCGAAGUAGCGCGUGAAACAUAGCGGAAAGUUCAAAAGUGAGCGGCGUGCGAGACAAUUUUGUGUACGGACGGUCCUCCGUUCGUCUUGAACAACGAUUAUCUAAGUGUAAUGCAAUUGAUCGUGGGAUGCUGCAAUUGUGGUGUAAUCACUGCCGAACAGUGAAUUCGCGUCAGACAAAUCCCGUGGACGAUCGCUAGCCGAGUUUUACCGGCUGCGCCUGAUUUCUGGUUUGCUCUCCUAAAUGCAUAGCGAUACUUUGCCAAGCGACUAGAGAAAAAGUGGAACGUACGACUUUCACGUUCGACGAAGUUCUGAGUUUGCCACGUGAUUACAAGCGAGUGCAAUAAUUGCGGAGACUCGUUCAUAAGCGUCGCAGAAUUCUUCGGGUUUAUAGUGCGAACCGGUAACAAGUAGAAUAGAAAGAAAAAGAUGCUGCGGCUGCCGGUGAUCGUCGUUUUGGUGAUUUCAAUGUUCGCAGGCAGGGUGUCGCCGGUGAUGCCGAAAGAAGUAGAGAUGAACGACAAAGGGAAUGAUACUGUUUUAAAUAUCACUAAUAGCACCGUGAAUGAUACAAUUUCAAAUAAUAUUAGUAACAAAUCGAUCGAAGAGACCGUAAAAAAAACAGAAAUUGUGACGGAAAAGCUAAAGAAGGAUAUUUAUAUCACUGUGCCACCAGACGCGAGCGCAGCUACGCCAGUCAACGAUCUCAAAAAAGUGGAAAAUAAAACUCAAAAUUGUACUUCUAACAAGGAGGCGGAAGACAUGCUUCAUUGUAAAGUAAUGCCGCAUGACAAUGAUGACAAUGAUAACACAGAUUCGACUUCUCCAUUAAAUGCAACAGAACCUACCACCACUGUUACGAGUAUCGCGAGCAAUAAGACUGAAGUGAACGCGGAAUCUCAGGUACCGGAAGUUCAAGAUAAAGAACCAAGCGGAAAGAAUAAGACAGAAGAUACUGUAAAUACUACACGCACCAUGGAUCAAGAUACUUACAAAAACGUAACUACCGAACCGAAUCACCUCGCUACUACUAAUCAUUCAGAUGUCUUAAAUACGGAUUUGAAACAAAAUAAUAGUUCUAGCGAAGCAUCGGUUCUAUCACCGUUGCUGGAAGAUAAGGCUAUUAUAAGCUCUGACAAUGCCGAGGCAGUGAAAUCUGCCGAGAGACCUAAAGCCAAGCGCAUGCCUUCGGGAAUCAUAGCACUGGUUACGGCGAUUAGUUUCGCGGUAGUAAUCGGACUCGUAUAUAUUGGAAUGAUUGUCUGGAGGCGAUACAUCGAAUACAGAUACGGACAUCGGGAGUUAUUAGUUAAUGAAUUAGAGUUUGAUACCAAUGAUUUACGGCAUUUCGAGCUGUGAUCUAAUGAGAGCAGUAGCUUAUAGAAAACUGAAUGAUCCACGGCUGAGGCUGGUACUAUGUAACUAUUAAAGAUUCAUUGAUCUGUGAUACUAAGGACAUGUAUUACGUCUGACAGUCAGAACACCAAAUAUGUUUGGAUAAUGUUAUACAUUUCUUGUAAUGUAAUUAUUUUAUAUACAUUAUGCGUACAACCACCUUUUUUUCAA